AUGCUGAUGGACACAGAAUACUUCCACCGCUGUCAGAAGGCAAUGACCGCUAAAGGAGGCAAUGUCUCUGUGUGCGAAUGGUACCAGCGUGUGUACCAGUCCCUCUGCCCCACAUCCUGGGUCACAGACUGGGACGAGCAACGGGCUGAAGGCACGUUUCCCGGGAAGAUCUGAACUGGCUGUACCUCCCUGUCCUCUGUCCUCUGUCCUUCUCCCAGGAUGGUGAAGGGGGACCUAGUACCUAGUGAUCCCCACCCUGGGAUCCUAAAUCACGACUUACCUGCUAAUAAAAACUCAUUGGAAAAGUGA